GAAAAAAAAAGCCAACAAAAAACCACCCUCAGCUCGGGAAGCGACAGUGGAAGGGUCCGCUCCUCCCAGAAGGCGGUGCUGCCUGCUAGGGCGAACCACGCGGAGGGUUGUGGGGCGGAUAGCGUCCCUCCUGAUGGAGACUCAUGGAGUCGGGUGGGCGGGGGACUCCAUAUCCCAGCAUGCCUCGCGGCGGGCCCGACCGGCCGCGACUCCGGGCUUGGCCCCGGCCCUAGCUCGUCGGCGGUGUAUCGGGGCGCGUGAAGGCUGCAGUCACGGUGGCGCCCGCGGGGACGGAGGAGGGAAUGAGUGAAGAGGAGCACGGCUCCGGCACUACCACGGGCUGCGGGCUGCCCAGUAUAGAGCAAAUGCUGGCAGCCAACCCGGGCAAGACCCCGAUCAGCCUUCUGCAGGAGUAUGGGACCAGAAUAGGGAAGACGCCCGUGUACGACCUUCUCAAAGCCGAGGGCCAAGCCCACCAGCCUAAUUUCACCUUCCGGGUCACCGUUGGCGACACCAGCUGCACUGGUCAGGGCCCCAGCAAGAAGGCAGCCAAGCACAAGGCAGCUGAGGUGGCCCUCAAACACCUCAAAGGAGGGAGCAUGCUGGAGCCGGCCCUGGAGGACAGCAGUUCUUUUUCUCCCCUAGACUCUUCACUGCCUGAGGACGUUCCGGUUUUAACGGCUGCAGCAGCUGCUACUCCUGUUCCGUCUGCUGUCCCAACCAGGAGCCCCCCCAUGGAGGUGCAGCCCCCUGUCUCCCCUCAGCAAUCUGAGUGCAACCCCGUUGGCGCUCUGCAGGAGCUGGUGGUACAGAAAGGCUGGCGGUUGCCUGAGUACACAGUGACCCAGGAGUCUGGGCCAGCCCACCGCAAAGAGUUUACCAUGACCUGCCGAGUGGAGCGUUUCAUUGAGAUUGGCAGUGGCACUUCCAAAAAGCUGGCAAAGCGUAACGCAGCAGCCAAAAUGCUGCUUCGAGUGCACACGGUGCCUCUGGAUGCCCGGGACGGGAAUGAGGCCGAGCCUGAUGAUGACCACUUCUCUAUCGGUGUGGGCUCCCGCCUGGAUGGACUUCGGAACCGGGGCCCGGGCUGCACCUGGGAUUCUCUGCGAAAUUCGGUGGGAGAGAAGAUCCUGUCCCUCCGCAGCUGCUCCCUGGGCUCCUUAGGUGCUCUGGGCCCUGCCUGCUGCGGUGUCCUCAGUGAGCUCUCUGAGGAGCAGGCCUUCCAUGUCAGCUACCUGGAUAUUGAGGAGUUGAGCCUGAGCGGGCUCUGCCAGUGCCUGGUGGAGCUGUCCACACAGCCGGCCACUGUGUGUCAUGGCUCUGCAACCACCAGGGAGGCAGCCCGUGGCGAGGCUGCUCGCCGUGCCCUGCAGUACCUCAAGAUCAUGGCGGGCAGCAAGUAAAGCCCCGCUGGACUCAUGGACGUGCACCGUUGCUCCCUGCUCUUCCUGCCCUGGCCCAGCCCACGCGUCUGCCCAGCUCUGGUACCCCCUGGGGGUGCCAUCUCUACCUCUGACACAGACUGCUUGCCGGCAGGCUGAGGAGGGCCAGGAGCCAGGGACCACAGGGCCUCAGCUGGCCCAGGAUCCAUCCUCCUGUGUUGGUGAUGACAAGGGAGAGUGAAAUGGGGGGCUCUCCCCUAGAGCCCAUAAUAAAUGUGCUGCUCCUUGGAUUCUUAAA